AUGACGCAGGAGAAAAGAAGUCUUGAAGAGAGCCCAGAUGGCCUCGAGCUGGUGGACUUCGAGGUUGAAAGUCCCGAAGCCAGAUUCCUGGAAGAGCUGACUGAACUGGAGCGGCCGCAACUUGGUGCGUUGAAUAACGUCAGAGGAGGCCGAGAGGAACUGGGAGGCCAAAAGGGACUGGAAGGCCAAAUGGGAGUAGAAGGCCAGGAAGGCGAGGGAAGAGGACCACAACGGUUGCAUCACGUUCCUUUCAGGAGAAAAGAAGUCUUGAAGAGAGCCCAGACGGUGCUUUUCCAGAACGUCAGAGGAGGCCGAGAGGAACUGGGAGGGCAAAAGGGACUGGACGGCCAGGAAGGCGAGGGAAGAGGACCACAACGGUUGCAUCACGUUCCUUUCAGGAGAAAAGAAGUCUUGAAGAGAGCCCAGACGGUGCUUUUCCAGGUGAAAAUGUCA